CAAAAGGAAGAAGAAUAAAAAGAGAAACUCCAAUUUAUCAGAAAAUAGAAAUGACUUUUGGAAGUGAACAAGAGAUUGGUUUAGCGAUUUCAUUAUUCAAUUUCAAUUUGAAAGUCUCAAUUUCGAAUUGUAGGAUGGACUUCCCCUUCAUCCUGAAGGCUACAUGGCAUUCAAUGUAAUAGGGCUUUGCUUUAUUCCAAAUGAGGGAAAAUCUUUCUUUUUUCGACUUCAAAACUGUAGUUAGGGGUCGUUUGCUUUAGGGCAUCAUGGAUUUAACAUAAUUCCUUGUUUGGUCCAUAUGUUGGUGGAAGGACCAAAUCCGUGGGAUUCAUGGACUUUGAUUGUCCAAAUUUGUAAGUCUCGUGAACUUGCAAUCCCAAAUAUGGGUGUGUAUUUGAAACAUAUAUAGUCACAAAUCCGUGGACCACAUGAUAAUAAUUACAUAUAUAUCAUCUUGCCUCACGAAUAUAAAAGAAAUAUAGAUGAGGAUAUUAAGGUAAUUUACAUAUUAAAGUUACAAAACCAUAAAAAUACAUUCAUGAACAAAAUCCAUCAAACAAAUAUAAAACUUUUCAAAUCCAUUAUUAACGAGAUCCAUUACAAAUUCCAGGUUUUCCAAAAUCUCAGGUUUUCACUCAGAACCCUCAUGCCUCCAAAUGCAUGAAGCAAACGACCACUUGAAAAUAUAGAUAAAAUUAGUAACACAUUUGAAAAAAAAAAAAAUUUAAGAUGACUCAAACUAUCCCCUUAAUUUUUUUUUUACUUUAUUGUGCCCACUUAGAUUUAUGAGUCCGCCACGAUAUAAAAAGAAAUCACCUCACUCGAAGAAAAGUGGCUAAAAGGUUCAAUAUUUAGGGUAGUUAAUUUACAUUUUAUUGAAUUGCUACCAUUUUUAUCCUAUGGGGGGGUAAGGAAUCAUUAUUAGCUUUUGAAAACUUUUGCACGCCACUUAGUACUAUGUUCUUAUUUGGCAUUUUGAUAAGGGAGCCAGCCAACAAUGUUGAAAUAUUUUAGGCCUUUUUAUAGCUUCAUUUUUUUUAAUAUACAUUAACUUCUACAUUUCCCCCUUCUUUUUUUAUUUAUUUUUUAUAUCAUAAUAGGAUGAAAUAGUAGACAAAUAUGUUUACAAUAGGUAAAAAUAACAAGAGUAGAUACUACACAUUUCCCCCUUCUUGGAACGUGAAGGAUGGAAGAAUUCCCUUAAUUGAACUUUCCAGCAAGCUUCAUCCCCUAAGUAGUUCUUAACUUGAUUUGCAUAUCGAAUUCAUGUGCAGUAAUGUGUAUUCACAUGCGGGGUUUUUUUUUUUUAUCGCACUGAACUCGUAUUGUUGAUCUUAUUUUUAUUUUUUUAGGGCUAUAGGUAUAAUAUGUCCCUCUAUUAUGCAGUUUUAUCAAAUAUGUUCCUCUACUAUUUUUUUACAUAAAAAAUGCCCUUAUGUUAAAAUUUCCAUUAAAAAUGGUCAACCACGAUUGAACCGAGAUUCACAUGACCCGACAUUGAAAAAAUCGGGGUGAAAUGUCAGUUUUUCCUCCUCAUUUAUUUCUCCAUGUCUCGUUAAAGUGAAAUUAUCAGAGGUAUUUGGCUAUACAAAAUAAACAAAACAAUUCUAAAGUGAAAUUAUCAGGAAUAUUUUAGACAUAGGUGUCGCCCAAAGCAAGGUUCGACCAUGGUUGAUAGUUUUUUAACGCAAAUUUUAACAGAAGGGCAUGUUUGAUCGUUUUUACAAAGUAUAGGGGCAUGUUUGAUGUAAAAAAUAGUAGAGGGGCAUGUUUGAUAAAACUGCGUAGUAGAGGGGCAUAUUAUACCUAUAACCCUAUUUUUACUGAUUUGUUAGCUCUUACUCCGUGAUUAAUUAUACGCUCAAGGUGGUAUUAUAUCAAUCCUUAAGGCGGGGUUUUCUUCCCCCCCCCCCCCCCCCCCCCCCCCCCCCCCCCCCCCCCCCCCCGUUUGCCCUUACUCCCAGCUAGUUGUCUGCCAUACAUGUUUGUAAAGUCGUACUCGUACCGGUGAUCCGACCAGGAAAACAUAUCAGAGUCUAAAUCGGUAGAAGAGAGGAUUAGCGCUAUGAUAAGAUUGAAGUAUGGUUAAACCACAAUUUCAACAUAAAAUAUUCCACCGCUGAUUUUUUCGAUACAAUCUCUGAUAUGGUUUUACACUCAUUCCAUGCCAUCAAACAUUUGGGGAGUACACAAAGGGAUGAUAAGAAUUUUGGGUAGUGCCCAAUUUCGCGCAGUGCCCCACUAGAUUUAGUGGAGUCACCUGGGGUGGUCUGCAUGUGGGAUGGGGCUGUGCGGACUGGGUCCCACUCAGCGGGGGGGAAUGGUUCUCAUGAGCCCUGCUAGAGUGAUCCUCUUAGCUAGGGGGAUUCAGCUCCCGGGACUAGAGGAUCCUUUGGUAUGCGAGGCAGUUGCUCUCCGAGAAGCAGUCUAUUGGUGUUUGGAUAAUGGUUUUAGUAUGGUACGCUUUGAGGGGGAUGCCCAGGUGAUCAUUGAGAGGAUUCUUCGGCGGGAGGCUACAGAUAGUCGGGUGGGAUCGAUUUUGGAGGAGGUGGUCCAGCUGUUUGACAUGAAUGUGGGAUUUACGGUGCGAUUUGUAGGUCGGCGUAGCAAUAGGGUAGCUCAUUUGGUGGCUAAAAAAGCCCUUUCUUUGUACCCGACUACAAGUCGUUUUGAUUAUCAGGCAUGGCUGAAUUCCAGGGUGUAAUUGCCUUUUGUUCUAAAUCAAUAUAUGAUUAUCUUUUGUCAAAAAAAAAAAAAUGUGAAGGCAAGACAAAAUAAAAGGUGCUCCCCUUAAUGGAGACUUGUGCAAUGUAUGUUUCCAAUUUGAUGGCUUUCUAGGACCAUAGCCCCUUAGCUGGUUCGUGGGUAACCAACAAAACUAGUCUUAUAGUUACAGCUCCCAUUGUUUUUAGACUUUCAGUUUGGUUACUUUUAACUUGGUACUUCCAGUUCUUCUGGGUCCCUGCUCAAUUGAAUCAUGGAACUAUUGGCCAGUGACAAAAGUUUUGGUGGCCAAACUUGUAACAAUACAAAGUGUAGAACGGUUUUGUACGACUUCGAAUCAAUGAUUGUAAAACCGUACAGGAGAAUGUACCGAAUAAGUCAAUGAUUGGGUAAUUUGUGCUUAACCCAUGAUUUAACUAUGACCGACCAUUUCAUGCUGACUUGGGAUUCAAUAGACUUUUUUUUUUACCGGAUACCCGAUACAUUACGAUUUAGCAAACACUGAUUUGAAUCCCCCUUCUGCUAAGUUACUAGGGUUAGGAUUCCUUCAGCAUCAUUUCUUUGGCCCUUUUCCAUUCAAAUUUGUGACUCAACUACUAGUUGAACAAUCAAAAGAUACGAUUUUGAUUCAAAUUGUCGAGGAUCCCGUUCCUCAAUACGUACAUAAGCCUUCCGACGAGAAACAUAGAUUUUCAAGACCAUCGGAUGGCUCGUGACAGUUUUUUUCGAAAAUGUCAUAUACUUCUGAGGGGGGCCUUUUUGGAAGUACAACAAAUUUUUUACAAUCAUUCUAAAAAUAUCUGUCCAGUAAGAGAGUAAUAAUAGUAAGUCCCUGUUUAUUUUUUUUCACUUUCCCCCUGUUUCUUGCUACCCAUUCUUCCCUCAAUAAACCACAACCAAACUCAAGUGACUGGGAAACACAAUAAUAUCAUUUCAGAGACCACCUUUCUUUCUUCCUCCAGGUGUGUGAUCAUGGAGCUUGGCAUAAUGGCAGCAUUUCUGCAUCAUUUGGGGAUCCCCAAGUUCUUACAUUGUGGGCAGAGGCAAAAUGAUUUCUACUAGAGACGGGAUCAGUACUGACUGUAAAAAAAAAAACCCAAUCAAAUAAUUGCAUUGCAGGCCAGUGGCAAUGAAUGCAUCUCAUGCAUAACUUCAGCACAAAGUUCCAAAUUUGCCCAAAAAAUGGGUUACAGAGCAAUUGGGACAAAAAAUAAUGAUGGUUGGUGUGUUUGUUUUGUAAUGGACAGCAACUUCUAAUAUUUUGUGGUUCGGAAAGAUCAGAAUAUGUUGAUAUGGUUGAAUUGUGUUUGUAUUCUUUUAAGUUACCGGAUUAUGUUAUAUGUCGACAUCAUUUAUAGAAAAUGACGCUAUACAAACUAGACGAAGGAGAACGUACGAGAAGGCGAACUCGCGGUGUUGGUACUGGUUGAUCGUCUCCAUAUGAAGCAUAGUAAGCUGAUUGAUUAUCUAAUGUCAAAAUGGCAUGCAAAAGGAUAUAAUGCUCCAAUUCAAGCCAUGGUUUUGCUUGCCUUUUUUUGGCUGUCAUUCUUUUGUUUGGUGAGCAGUUUAUUCAAAAGUUUGUUGGUCAGUGGAAACAAAUUGCCAUGUUUUCUAGUAAUUUGAAGGUUAGUGAGGACUAGGGCUACAACUUGCCUAUCUUUCCCUUAUUAGCUCCUACAGGCUACAAGCUUUAAUCACAUGAAUUUUAAUGGUACUUUAGUAAAAGUUAAAACAUCCUGUAAUAAUUAUGUUUCCUGUUUUGAUUAAAAGCCCUUUGCACUACUCUUUCCAGCAGGAAAAAAAAAACAAGAUUUUCAGAUUACUCGUGUGGCUUGUUUGAACUUUAGGAGUUUCUAAUGACGAGAAAACGUUAUUUCAAUAACUCACAGUUGUUACAACUUACAAGGGUGCGAAAGAAUGGAGUUUAUAGCAUUUUCUUACAUGCUCCUUAAAUCUUUGAAGUUUGUACAGAUCCAUUAUAUUACAGACUUAAAUUUAGUUGUUGUGAAGUAUGAUGGAUUGUCAAGAUUCGAACUCUUGACCAAAUGCUCUAAUACAACGUCGAGAAUCACGUUCAUUAUAAUAACUUUAUGAGUUGCCGAAGUCUUGCGAGAGAGGCUAAAAUGAUUCUUAUACCAGUCGUUUCCAUCUAGCACGAAAUUUUUGGCUUCUUGUUGAAAUGAAAUCAAUGCUAUAACCAAAUCACAAGUUUCCAAUUAACACACUUGCCUACUUAGGGAAAAAAAACUAAUACAACACAUUAUGCAAAGCUACAUUUCAAAAAUUCAUUUCAGUGACUGCUUGCUAGUUGCUACUAGAAUGAUUCCCAAUUCCACAUGAACCCCUGAAGUGGUGCAAAAUCAGGUCAGAUGAUAGGACAAGGAUCAUAAUGUAACUUCUUUCUUUCUUUCUUUCUUUCUUUCUUUCUUUCACUUUACAUGAGAAGGUGAAACAAAACAGAAAGGAUGGAGGCAUGCACUCAAGGUGAAAUUGGAUGUGAAAUGCAAGGGAGAUAUAUAUCACACAUAAGUUGGAAUCCUGAGAAAGAACCAGUAAGUGACUACCACCACUCUUGUGCAGAUUUGACAUAAAGUACUCCACUCCACCACCACCUCUCCCCAAGAAACAAAAUUUCCCUUCAAACUCCCCAUCAUAGAUCCCACCACACCCUUUAUAAUGAGAAAAGAGCCUUCUCACAAACACUUCCACUAGGGUUUGGAUUAUCAUGAUGAUAGGGUUUCUUUUUGUUGUUGUAUGGGCUGGCAUCUUCAGAUCGUUUGCGACACAAGAAGCAGAGUCGUUGGAUUUAGAUGUAUGUGGUGUUGUUAUGAUUUCGAUUCAAAUCAAUCCAGCGGUUGGGAUGAUUGGUAAGUUGAUCCAACGAUAUCAGCACGAUAUGGAGGUAACCAUAGCUCAAAUGCUCUUAGCAUGGAAAGCCCAUUAAAAUCAUGGUGGUGGGUAUUGAACUAUAGCUCAAUGAAAAGAUAGGAACCCAUUACUCUCCAUGAGAAAAGGUGUUGAAAGGUAAUUGGGAGCAUAACAAAGGGGACUGAUAAUCGAUUGCCAAGUGCCAACUUGGCAAAAGAUCAUGCUCUGGUUUUGGAGAAAGGAACACGAAAGAGAGAGUGAAAGAAAGCAUCCUGAAGAGAAGGAAGGAAAGGGGGAUUGGAUUCUGAAUAGACAUCAGUCAUCACUAUUCCAGUCUCCCCCAUGCCUGGUUUCUGGUGCGAAAGUCAGCAGUGUGAGUGGGAGAAACUGAAAACACAGAGCAAGUGAAAAAAAAUUCCAACAGAGAGAAAGGAAGAAGGAAUAACUGCAAAGCAAAUUGGAAGGCAGAGGGCAGGGGGAACAUUAUAAGCCAAAGCCCUUACGUUUUGCCUAGACCUCCACGUCCCACGAGAUGUAGGUUGUAAGGGUCUGUAAGAACAUGGAUACCGUUCGAUUGCGAGGGACUGCAAAUCACAGCCAUCAAACUGAUGGCUCGGCGAUGAUUUUGUAAAUAAUGUCAUCUGUGCCGAUCCAACUAGCCUGUACUGUAAAAAAAUAUUCAAAAAUCGACUGUGUCAACCUGUGCAGACCGGGGGGGUGUUCACUGUUCAGCUAGUAAUCGGAUUGUACAAAGUUCUGCAUAUGUUAAUCUGACUAACUUCCAUGCAAAAUCUCUUGGUAACAGAGAAAUCAAAGCAUUCAAACGAUAUGAUUCCCAAGUUCCUGGUAAAAAUUCCAAGGCGACCUGCAUGAAUCCUAUUAAGUUGUUGUGCCGACGAAAAUCUUUCAUAGGAUGGUUCAAUAUGUAAAACAGCUUUUCCAGUGAAGUUCAUUCCAAUCAAAUAAUUGAGCAGGAGACUGAACGCAACUCAUUCAACUGCCAAAAUACAAAUGCCUGCUUGAAUCCAGUCUUUUGUCUGUCUGGUUCACAUCUGUCUAGUCCUUGUUUUUUUCCAAUCAUUCAAAACCAUAACAUUGGAUCUAUUCUUUCAUAUCUAAGCACCAGUACCUUCAUCUCUCCAAUGAAGUCCCUCCCAUCUUUUACCAGAACAUGAAGGUAAUACCAAGCACUUAGGAUGCUGAUUCUGACUUGGGUUUAAGCUUCUCACGCAGGAACUGCAAGAUAUGCUCGCGUUUCCAGUUGUCGAUUCUGCAUAAGCAAAAAAAUAUAGGCUAGCAUGAAUAAACAAUCCAUAAAUUAAUCGAAUGGACCUGGCAAAUUUGUAUGUAAUACGUUCAGUUUUAGUCCCACUCAAAUUGUUUGAAUCCCCUGUCUGGCCAGAGCAAAAAAGUCUAUCAUUUCCUUAAGCAAUUACGUUCACUCAAUUUCGUUAUAACUCCUAUAUGAUGUAGUUAUAGACGAAGCAAGAUGCUCGUGUCAGUGACACACCAGGGUCAUGUCCAUGAAAACUGUGAGGGUCAGUUUCCUUGAAACAUCAAGAAUCUAAUGCUGCAAGUAGCAAUAUAGUUACAGACUACAGCUUUGUUGCUAUCCAAGUCUUCGGAGAUCAAAGACUACAUGGUAUCUCAAUAGACCUCUAAAAUGAAUCAAGCCAAGUAUC